AGAAUUCAGUGCCAAGAUACAUGGAGAUCCCUGUUAGCCUUUCUUGAUAAAUCAGCUUUGGUCUUGCUGCAGCGUGCCCCAUCUCCCAAGUACUGCUGUUGCAGGAAAAAAGUGUGACAAGCUGGAGAUGGAGGAUGAGGAAGGCUACACCACAUUAAAUUUACGACCACCAGCUUCAGUUAUUACUCGUGGAUAUUCAAACAGCAACAAAUAUCCUGCAUUUAAUGCUCCAGUCAAUUGUGGUACAGUAGACAGAGUCUCUGCCUCAUCUGCCAAAAGGUGGCCAGUGGCUUUUGCUUUCUUCAUUUUGAGCCUGGUGUUGCUCAUGGGGCUGGUGGCCUUGCUGUUCCUGUUUUUUCAGGUUCCUAAGGAUUCUGCAGAAGGAAAGAAGCUGCAGGAAAUGAGGGAAGCAUUGUGUUCUGAAGGGAAAGAGAACAAUGAAACAAAAUGUGCUCUCUGUCCAGCAAGCUGGCAAAGCAGUGGAGCUGACAGCUGCUUCUACAUUUCAAAGCAGAAGAAAACAUGGAAGGAAAGCCAGGAGUUCUGUUCCUCUAGAAACUCUACUCUUCUUGUGCUGAAAGACAAAGCAAAGAUGGUCUCUCUGCCACAGGAUUCACAGUUUUAUUGGGUUGGAUUAUCAUACAUCUCUGAAAAGAGUGGCUGGUACUGGGAAGAUGGAACAGCUCUUUCAAGAGAAGCCAAAACUUGGACAGUGUUAUAUGAACACAUCUUCUGCGCUUCCUUAUAUGGACGGAUCAUUUAUGCCAGUAACUCCUGUUUGACAAAGCAAUUCUGGAUCUGCGAGAAAGGUGCUAUUCAUUUUGCCUGAAGAAGCACUGCAAGUAGCGAUGCAGGUUCUGUCACUGUUACAUAUCAUUUCUAGGAACCAGAUGUUUUAAAUGUAUUUUUAUUUUAGUUUGUUUAUCAUACAGCUUUCUCAGAAUGGUGAUCCAAAUAGAUAGAUCAGUAGAGACAAAACUUGCUCUUUGCCUACAUUUUAUCUCCUAGGCUUAUGAAUGAGAGAAAAAAUCUACAAGCUAAAAGCUAAAACCACAGGAGUUACUUUUAGAAAGUUAGCUACAGUCAAGAAAUAAUACUUGCAUGACUGUCUAGAAGGUCAACCACACAUUCUCUUAGAUCUUUAUAUUUCUUAAGCCUCACUCAGAAUUUUUUCUUUCCUCAGCAUUUUACACCUGCUAGUCAUAAACCACUCCAACUACAUUCUUGAUGAUUUUACCCACUGAAUUACUGUACACACUAACUAGUACACCCAUAAACCUUUUUUUGACCAUUUUGCCUAGUCAUGCCCUCAUUCCUAAAUCUGUUCUUCCAGCUCUUCCCCUUUUUGAGAUAUAGGAAUAGAGAAAGAACACAAGUGUCUAUUUACCCAUAAAAUUCUCUUUGCAUGUGUACUGAUAUUUAUAGAAACAAAAGGACAUUUGUUAGUAGAGUACAGGGAAUCCCUGGAAGCAAUCUCUUUGAAAAGUAGAGCCAAAUGUCAUAGUGAGAAUAAAAUAUUACCCAAAUAUAAUUUCAGUGCUAUCGUAAAUAUAAUUGCUAUACAAAAAUUGCUAUACAAAAAAAAAUUGUUAUACAAAAAACAGCAAGGAUAGCAAUGACAUGCUCCAUUCAGAGCUACAUUCAAUGAGAGCUCAAGCUAAUGUGCAAUCUAUCGCCACAAAUUUUACUUAUGUUCUUCUGUUGUAUCUACAUUGUUUGGGAUCUCUGGAGCCCAAGGAACAUACUACGUGACAUGUAUUAUCAAAGUACUUGUCAUACUUCCUAGAAUAAAAUGAAAACUCCAGAUUUCUCAGUGGAGUUUUGUUGCAUGAGUUCUUUGAAGUUCUGUGUAUGGAAAUAGACGUCUGUUUAGUAUCACAUAUGUAAACUUUCCUUGUAUAUAUAUGUAUAUACACCUUGUAUGUAUGUAUGUUUGUUUGUAUAUGCCUUAGUACUUGGAAACUUUCCCUAAAAUAAAUGAAAAAAAAUGCUAUGUCAUUAAUAUUAUUUAAUUUGAAAAUGAUCUCAAAGACUGAAGUAGUUCCUUAGUUUAAAAAAAAAAAAAAAAAAAAACUCUACCUAAUGUGCUGAAAGAUGUUUGUAAACUGAAUAAAUUCACAGUAUUCAGUAGAGCCAAGUCCUAAUUUAUGGGUACUAGAGGUUUUC